CAUUGCUCAUCUGUGUUCCAUUUUUGACGACAGGAUCUCCCUAUGGCGGGAAAACUUUCACGAGAACAGAAGGCUCAACUUGAGGAUUGGAUUGGACAGGGCCCGAAGACCUUCCGCUUGUUGUACGCUAUCACACGAGAUGGUUGCUCGGCGCAGACCUUCCACACAAAAUGUGACAAAAAAGGACCCACGGUGACUGUAUUUUAUAAUCCCUCCGGGUCCGUGUACGGGGGAUACACCUCAACGGAUUGGGAUCAAAAAAUAAAAGGUCACAGCAGUGAUGCAGCUGCAUUUUUGUUCCAACUAGCCUUCUCUGGAAAGAAAAAAGUGAUCAGAUUCUGCGUUAAAGAUCCUACCAAAAGUAUCUAUAGUUCGCCGUACUGCGGACCCUUAUUUGGAGCGAAUGAUAUUUACGUAUUCCAAAAUACCGUUCAAGAAUCAAACGGUGUUUUUAAACUAGCUGGAAUAACAAGUUUUUCUGCGUGCUAUAAGAUGGAUGGAGUAUCAUCGUGGGCAGAGAUUAACAACGGGGACUUGGACGUCAAUGAGCUUGAAGUGUAUCAACUUACAGAAGGAAGGGAGCCAGACGUACAACUGGAGAGAAGCUGGCGAACUGUUCCAGACCUGAACAACAAGAAACUUUCUGAACUUACUGCAGCAAUUCAGAGCCAAAAAACUCCAGGAAAAACGAAAAUGGCAGGCUACAGGCUGACACUUAUAGGACCUGUUGGUUCCGGCAAGUCAAGUUACUGUAACACGAUAAUGACUGCCUUCCAGGGCCGGGUUAGUCACAGGGCUGCCUGUGGGAAAGGCGAUACAAGCGUCACAAAUACGUUUCACCCAUACAGUGUAAAGACGGAAGCGUGUGGACUUCUGGGUUUCAAGCUGUGUGACACACGAGGAAUAUCAGACAAGGCAUGCCUGGAUUUGACGGAAUACAAGCACCUUGUACAAGGACACAUUCCAGAGUAUUAUGAGUUUAAUCCUGAAGUAGAGUUAUCAUUGGACGAUGCACUUUUUGUCUUGCGGCCCAACCUUGAAGACAAAACCCACUGCGUGGUUUAUGUAUUAGACGCUUCGUCCCUUGACAGUCUGUCCGCUGAAAUACUGCAGAAGAUUCGUGCCCUGAAAAUGUUCUGUAUCAGGAAAGGCGUAUCCCAAGCAGUUCUCCUAACUCACGUUGAAUUGAUAGACCCGGAUGUUGGCAGGGAUUUGGAAACCGUCUUCAAGAGCGCCCAAGUUGCAGAGAGUGUCAAGAAAGUAUCAGAUCUUAUUGGACUUCCGCGAAACUCCAUCCAUCCCGUGAAGAACUAUGAAUGUGAAGUCGCCUCCAAUGAGAAGAUCAACUGUCUGGCUCUGCUUGCUCUUCAACAAAUUCUUUACGCUGCGGAGGAUGGAGUGGAAAAUUUGCUGAUGAAGAGAGAAUCCGCCAGUAACAAGACUGGCAGAGAACUAGUGGAGGUUUGCGGCUCCGAGUGCGAGUAGGUGAACUUCGUGUGGAAAAUAAAUCCGGGGAAGACUGGACCGCGGCGAUUUGACCACGAUGACACGAUUUUCAAAGUGUCGGAAGAUUUAUAUAGACUACUCGUGCAAGUGACGGAUCUUUUUGUUGUCUAAGCUAUUUAACUUUGUAAGGACCACUUGUCUAAGUGACUGAACUUUGUUUUGACGACUUAUCCAAGUUACUAAAUCAUUAAGAAAUGAGCACCUCAUGGGAUGAAUAUUAUCAAAGUAUGAUUAUAAUCGAAAAUAUAAAUUUUAUCUUC